AUGAAGACUUCGCUGCUGUGUCUCGCUCUCGUUGCAGUGGUCGCUGCCGACAAGAUCCCUGACUUUGUCGUGCCGGGAAAAUGUCCUUCGGUAGACGAGAGAGUUCUCUACGAACAACAGAGGCCUAACCAUCAAAAGUAUACUGGCACAUGGUACGAAAUUGCACUCACGAACAACCCAUACCAGCUGAUCAAGAAGUGUGUCCGGAACGAAUAUACCUAUGAUGGAAGCAAGUUCAACGUCAGAUCUACUGGUACGGAUGCUAAUGGAAACGCAAUUACACGUAAUGGUCAGGUUCUGCCGAAUCCUUUUGGAGAACCUCACCUCUCCGUGGACUACGAAGCAUCUUGGAUGGCUCCCUACGUGAUUCUGGACACUGACUACGAGAACUUCUCGUGCAUCUAUAGCUGUGCCGGCCACAACUUCGGUUAUUACACCGACUUCGCCUUCAUCUUCUCCCGCUCACCAAGUCUCGCUGAUAGAUAUUACAGGCGUUGUGAAGCCGCCUUCAUGAACAUCGGUGUUGACCCCUCUCGCUUUACAAAGACAACUCAGGGUGGAUCAUGCUCCUGGUAAAAAAAAAUCAAUAACGUACAUAUGCUGUAUAUGGAUGAUUGCCAUGGAGUAAAGACUGAGUCAAAUUCUGCAAAGCUGAUGAAGUACAUUGUUUAAAUCAAGGAACAAUGCAAAAACACCCGCGCAUUUUGGAUUGGAAUAUCCAGAUACAAAACAUCGCACCAAACAGUAAUCAUGUUAUCCUCGCUAAUAAACAUCAGACAGA